AUGAUAAUAAGGCCAGCGGUACGGUCCCUUCAGGGACGGGCGCCUCUCGCAACCCUCCGGUCCGCCCAGGCCGUCUUCCAGCCGUUGCCCCAGCUCCGGCGCAAUGCCUCGGUGACCACAGGUCCCGAUGCCGCCUCUGAGGCGAGCACCCCGAUCGCCAAGAUCACGACCACCACCGAGCCUCCCAAGGACGAGAACAAGGCCAAGGCCGCCGCCGUCGCCACGGAGUCCGAAGAGCAGGAGGUGAUCAUGUCCCGCAUGCCCCGCUCGCUCGAGGCCCUCUACCUCCAGCCGCUUCGCCGCGAAGCCGAGUACGGCGUUCCCUCGUGCGACCUCCAGCUCCGGUCCUACUCGAUCCGCAACCUCGAGUUCUUCUGCGACUUCGCCCUCCGCGCCGCCUACUACCUCGGCCUGCCUGCCUUCGGCCCCGUCCCUCUGCCCCGCAUGAUCGAGCGCUGGACUGUGCCCAAGUCGCAUUUCAUUUUCAAGAAGUCGCAGGAAAACUUUGAGCGUGUCACUCUCAGGAGGCUGAUCCAGAUCAAGGACGGUCACCCGGAGACGGUGCAGCUGUGGUUGGCCUUCUUGCAGAAGCAUGCCUACUACGGCAUUGGUAUGAAGGCUAACGUUUGGGAGUUCAGCAAGCUUGGCGUCAGCAAGGCUAUGGACGAGAGCAAGGGCGAGGUGGAGAAGCUUCUGGAGACCAGAUGGGAGCACCUCAGCCAUGUCAGCGACUUGAAGGGCGUCGGCAACUUCGAGGACUUCCUUGCCAAGGAGAGACUCCGGAUCUCUGGUGGACGCUAA